UGGCGCAGCGGGGAAGGCGCUGCCUCCCCAGCGCUGAGGUUGACAGUUCGAGUCCCACUCGGGCCAGCUCCGGGGACCCCCGCUGACCCCCGGGGGUGUCCCCACGUGUGUGUCCGCCUCCCCGGGACGCCCGGCUCCAGCUGCCGCCCCCAGCCGUGCCGAGCCCUCCGGCUGGGCGGAACCAAGCCUUCACACCCCGCCAGCAGUGUGGCAACACCACCAACCUCCUUCCUUCCUUCCUCCCUCCCAGGCGCGGCCCUGGAGCUUUGCCGGGAUGCGGGAGGCCGAAGGCUUCACCCCCUGCCACAUGCCCGCCCUGCAAACCAAAGUCUUCCAGUACCGGAUCUGGGACAUCAACCAGAAGUCACUUUACCUACGCAACGACCAGCUGGUGGCCGCGCACCUGCAAGGGGCCAACGCCGCCCUUGAAGAGAAGGUGUUUUGGGUGCCCAACCGCGCUUUCGAGCCCGCCAGGCUGCCCGUCAUCCUGGGCUUCCAGAACGGGACCCGCUGCCUGGCCAGCCCCCCCGCCAGGCAGCCCACCCUGCAGCUGCAGGACGCUGACAUCAGGGAGCUGCCCCACGCCGGGGCCGCCGCGGCCGCCUUCACCUUCUGCCGCUCCUACAAGGACGGGCUGUGGCGCUUCGAGUCGGCCGCCAACCCCGGCUGGUUCCUCUGCACCUCGGCCCGCGGCCACCAGCCCCUGGGGCUCUCCCGCCACCCCGAUGCCACCCACCUCCUCGACUUCUACUUCCAGCUCGGCUGAACCCCCUCGGCCCCAGCGAUGGUGACAGUCCCCUGGGAACGGUGGCAUCCUCACGCUGGGGAUGGUGACAGCCCACUGGGGUCGGUGGUAUCCCCCCUGGGAUGGUGACAUCCCCCUGAGGAUGAUGACAUCCCCCUGGGGCCGGUGGUAUGCCCCCUGGGGUGGUGACAUCCCCCUGAGGAUGAUGACAUCCCCCUGGGGCCGGUGGUAUCCCCCCUGGGGUGGUGACAGAUCCCUGAGGAUGGUGACAUCCCCUUGGGGACGGUGGCAUCCUCACGCUGGGGAUGGUGACGGCCUGCUGGGGUCAGUAAUGUCCCCCCUGGGAUGGUGACAUCCCCCUGAAGAUGAUGACAUCCCCCUGGGGCCAGUGAUAUCACCCCGAGGAUGAUGACAUCCCCCUGGGAUGGUGACAUCCCCCCCCCCCCGAGGAUGGUGGCAGGACAGUGCCAUCCUCACAGCAGGGAUGGUGCCAUCCCCCUGGGGACAGCGCCAUCCCCCCAGUGACAAAGCCGUCCCCCUGGGGACAGUGCCAUCCUCACAGCAGGGAUGGUGCCAUCCCCCUGGGGACAGUGCCACCCCCUUGGGGACAGUGCUAUCCUCACAGCAGGAACGGUGCCAUCCCCCUGGGGACAGUACCACCCCCCGGGGACAGUGCCAUCCCUCUGGGGACAGUGCCACCCCCCCCGGGGACAGUGCCACCCCCCCAGGAAUAAAGAUUCUCAAGACAC